AGUAUGCAGAGCUUAUGGAAGCGAUGUAAGUUCCUCUCCGCUCAAUCUUUCUCUCCCUUUCAACAUCUUCAAUUCUAUUCAAUCUCUCCCUCCGCCGCAUACAAAUCUCUCCGCCACUCUCCGCCGCCGCUCUUAAUCUCUCAGCUCAUCAAAUACGCCACUUCCCACAAAGCAACCCAACAAAUUCGCUCUUUCAUCAUCACCUCCGGCUUACUUCUCAACGCCACCGCCAAUUUCAUCCUUCUCUGCAACACAUUGCUCCAUUGCUACCCUCUCUACCAGCCCCUUCGCCGCAUUCCUCAUACUCCCCCCUCCUACGAUACUUUUGCCUAUUCCUUCCUCCUCCAUUCUUGCGCCGAUUUGGAGCUCACCGGACCUGGUCUUCAACUCCACGCUCUCACUCUCAAGGUAGGCUUUCCUUCCCAUGUUUAUGUUCAGACUGCAAUUGUACGUAUGUAUGCUGCUUGUGGGUUUUUGGUUGAUGCUCUCAAAGUGUUCGAUGAAAUGCCUGACCGAAACUCUGUCACCUGGAAUGUCUUGAUUACUGGUUUGGUUAAGUUGGGUGAGCUUGGACGGGCUCGUGCGGUGUUUGAUCAAAUGCCUAUGCGUAAUGUUGUGUCUUGGACUGCCAUAAUCGAUGGCUAUACUCGUCUAAACAGGCAUGAGGAAGCUGCGGAUUUGUUUUGGAAAAUGGUGGCUGAUUAUGGUAUGGAGCCUACUGAAAUAACACUUCUAACGAUUUUCCCUUCCAUUUCGAAUCUUGGGGCUCUUAAGAUUUGUCAUUCAGUCCAUGCUUAUGCAGAGAAGAAAGGGUUUAAGGUGUCUGAUGUACGCAUUGCUAAUUCAUUGAUCGAUUGUUAUUCAAAAUGUGGUUGUAUUAAUAGUGCAUCAAUGGUGUUUGAAGAAAUGUCAGCUGAAAGGAAGAAUCUGGUGACUUGGACGUCGAUAAUCACCGGAUUCACAAUGCAUGGAAUGGGAAAAGAAGCUGUGGAGAGCUUCGAAAGGAUGAAGAACGAAGGCCACGAGCCGAACCGGGUCACGUUCUUGAGCAUUCUAAGUGCUUGCAGCCAUGGAGGACUGGUUGAGGAAGGUCUAGAGUUUUUCAAGAAGAUGGUUGAGGAGUAUCAGAUAGAGCCGGAUAUAAUGCACUAUGGGAGUUUAAUAGACAUGUUGGGAAGGGCUGGGAGGGUAGAAGAAGCUGAAAGAAUAGCUUUGGAGAUACCUAUGGAGAUAGCCAAUGUUGUUAUAUGGAGGACACUUUUGGGUGCCUGUAGUUUUCAUGGUAACGUGUCGAUUGCGGAGCGGGUAACACGGAGGAUAUUAGACAUGGAGGGCGCGUAUGGAGGUGAUUAUGUGCUCAUGUCUAACAUUUUUGCUGCAGCUGGGAAAUAUGGUGAUGCUGAGAAAUGGAGAAGAUUGAUGGAUUCUAGCAAAUCCUCUAAAAUUCCAGGACAGAGCCUUCUCUAAAGCUAGCUUUGACAAGGAAUUCUGAUAUGAAUGAUGCUGUAAAAUAUAGGAAUGCAUCCUGGAAGCUGCGAUUUCUUAUGGAUCUGCUGCAACGAUGGAACGGACUUCUUGAACUCGAGAAAUUAUGGGGUUAAAUUACAAGUUUAGCCUUGAGAUUUGUGUCUACUUGAUCUCUAAGCUUCUAAAAGUAUCUCAUAGGUCUCUAAACUCGUAUCGAAUAUGUCCUAGAAACUUAGAGACCAAAUAGACAUUAACUUCACAGAUUACAUUUAUAUUUACAGUAUAACUAAUUAUUGUCUAUA